GGCACGGAACGCGGACGGAGGCGCGGCGUGUGAGGCAGCGUCGGAGCCCAUGCCCCGAAACGGCGGGCGGGCCCGGAGAGACGAGGCCGGGGUCCGGGGCAUGUCCCCGGGGCCCCGGUGAAGAGGCGGCGGCGGCGGCGAUGGAGAUCCCGCCGCAGGAGGAUCCGGCCGGGCCGGGCGCGGACCCCGACCCCGACGCCGACGCCGACCCCGACCCCGACGCCGAGGAGGCCCCCGCCGAGGCCGGCUCUCCCGCUCCAGCUUCGCCCCCAGCCGACGGGCGCCUCAAAGCCGCCGCCAAGCGCGUCACAUUCCCGUCCGACGAGGACAUCGUGUCCGGAGCCGUGGAGCCCAAAGACCCCUGGAGACACGCUCAGAACGUGACAGUGGACGAAGUGAUUGAUGCCUACAGGCAGGCCUGCCAGAAGCUCAACUGCCGCCAGAUCCCUAAGCUCCUCAGACAGCUCCAGGAGUUCACAGACCUUGAGCAACGCAUCAGCUGCCUGGACCUAAAAGGGGAGAAGCUUGACUACAAGACCUGUGAAGCACUGGAAGAGGUCUUCAAGAGGCUGCAGUUCAAGGUCGUGGACCUGGAGCAGACCAGCCUGGAUGAGGAUGGUGCCUCUGCUCUCUUCGACAUGAUAGAGUACUAUGAGUCUGCCACACACCUCAACAUCUCCUUCAACAAGCACAUUGGCACCCGGGGCUGGCAGGCCGCUGCCCACAUGAUGCGCAAGACAAGCUGCCUGCAGUACUUGGAUGCCCGAAACACACCCCUGCUGGACCACUCGGCGCCCUUCGUGGCCCGUGCACUACGGAUCCGCAGCAGCCUGGCCGUGCUGCACCUGGAGAACGCCAGCCUGUCGGGGCGACCCCUCAUGCUGCUGGCCACAGCCCUGAAGAUGAACAUGAACCUUCGGGAGCUCUACCUGGCCGACAACAAGCUCAAUGGCCUGCAGGACUCGGCCCAGCUGGGCAACCUGCUCAAGUUCAACUGCUCGCUGCAGAUCCUGGACCUGCGCAACAACCACGUGCUGGACUCGGGUCUGGCCUACAUCUGUGAGGGCCUCAAGGAGCAGAGGAAGGGACUGGUGACUCUGGUGCUGUGGAACAACCAGCUCACACACACGGGCAUGGCCUUCCUGGGCAUGGCGCUGCCCCACACGCAGAGCCUGGAGACGCUGAACCUGGGCCACAACCCCGUGGGGAACGAGGGCGUGCGCAACCUCAAGAACGGGCUCAUCGGCAACCGCAGCGUGCUGCGCCUCGGCCUGGCCUCCACCAAGCUCACGUGCGAGGGCGCCGUGGCCGUGGCCGAGUUCAUCGCCGAGAGCCCCCGCCUGCUGAGGCUGGACCUGCGGGAGAACGAGAUCAAGACCGGCGGGCUCAUGGCGCUGUCGUUGGCCCUCAAGGUGAACCACUCCCUACUGCGCCUGGACCUCGACCGCGAGCCCAAGAAGGAAGCGGUGAGGAGCUUCAUGGAGACGCAGAGGGCGCUGCUGGCCGAGAUCCAGAGCGGGUGCCGGCGGAACUUCGCGCUGGGGCGCGAGCGCGAGGACAAGGCGCCGCUGCAGCUGCCGGCCUCCGCGUCCAUGCCCGAGAUCCCCGCGCCCGAGCCCCGGCCUCCGCGGGAGCCCCCCGACCCAGCGGCCGGUGGCACCCACAACGGGACGCCAAGCCCUGGGCCGGGCCUAGACUCCAACUCGGACUCAGACUCGGACUCUGACGGGGAGGAAGAGAAGGACGCGGAGAGAGAGGAGGCCAGCUGUGACCAGAGUCCCCCUGCCCCCUGUCCUGCCCUGGUGCCCUCCACAGACUCCUUGGGCCCUGGGGACAGAAGCCCCACAGGCAGCCCCUCCUCCCCCACUGAGCAGCGGAUUUCUGUGUCCAGCCCAGGCCGGGGCCACAAGGUGUUUGUGGUGACCCGGGUGGAGAGUCCACCUGAGAGGCCAGAGCCUCCCAUUCCCCCCACCUUGGUCUCCUCUCCUCCACCCUCCCCUCCUGCUUCUCCUGCCCUUCCAGCUCAGGCCACGGACACCCAGGACCCAGGGUCGUCUGAGCCUCAACCCCAGCCGGCGCCACCUCAGGCAGUGCCACCACUGCCCAAUGGACUAAAGCCUGAGUUUGCCCUCGCACUGCCCCCAGAGCCACCCCCAAGGAUGGAGGCCAAGGCGGGUAGCUGUGGCCUGGAGCACGAGCUGUGCUGCCCCCAGGAUGCCAGUGAGCUGCAGGAGCUGCUUCUAGACGCCAGUCAGGAGGCCACGCGGGACACACUGUGACACUCACUGUAGUUCCUUUGUGCUGGUCUACGAUGAGCUGAGGCCAGCCGUGAGGAUCUGCAGACCACCCUCAGCCCCCCCAGGAUGCCAGGCGGGGUGUCCCGGGCCACACAUCAGAAACACUACAGCCACAUGGCAUUGGGACUGGGCGUGGCUACCCCGGACUUGAGCACUUCUAUUCAUCCUUCUGCCACUCGAGGAGGCCCAGUCUCUGGGUUGGGGUGGACAGGAGGAAGACCAGGGCAGGAGCAGCUCUCCAGGGUCACCAGCCACAGGCUGCUUGUUCUUGGAGGGUCCACCUGAUCAGGCUGCCCUGGGAAGGGCAAGAAUCUAGUGGUGGGAUGACCCCUGACCCCUCAUGGGACCUGGCCGCUGGGCUGGGGUGUCGGUGGUGGUAGAGCUUGCCAGCCGCCCUGCCACCUGCAGAGGGCGGGGGCUGGCGCAGAGGAGCAGAGCUUUUUUUUCUUAAGUGCAAUAAAAUCUGUCAGGGAGCUGGGCACGCAGCAGUGGGGUUCGUGGGACCCUGCUGCCCAACCUCUGAGACUGCGCCCUGGGAGGCACUACAACCGUGGGCGGC